UUAGUCUUUUGUGAUAUCUAGUUGUAUGUACAACUAACAAUUAACCUGUCUUCGAAUCAGACUUUUCCGACACGACGCGAAUUUCUUUCUUUUCAUCUAGAGUGAAAACUUCAAACUGAGACAGUAUCAGAAGUUUGAAAUUGAAUCUUUCAAAUAGUAGUGGCUAUUGACCUUUCCAACGGCUCCAACCGGUAAAUCCACAAUGGUUAACAUCCGUAUUGUCAUCGUCGUGGCUUCGCUGAUCUUCUCUCUGUUUUGGUUGGGACUUCUUCAGGCAAUUCUCCGGAACAUUAUCUCUCUCAUUCCUUUCCCGUACGAUUACUUUCGAAUCCACUACGUCGAAAGUGUACGGCCGCAAGAACCCCAGGUCGAAGGCGAUGUUGCAUUCGAGAAGACUUUGGAAGAAAAUGAACGGCAAAUGCAUGCGCAGCUAAUGGACGUCGUGAAUAUAAUGGAAGAUUUGGCUUCGUCAUCAGAAAUGGAUGGAAUGUCUGACGAGGAGAUAGAAGUAACUUUCGGUCACCUCUACGACGUGUUUCCUGUGAUGGAUAAACUGUUUGAAGAAGUACUCCAGGAUGAGUAUGGGAUCAGCUCCAUCAAUCCAGGAGCUGAUUACUACGAGACACAUCGUCGUUAUUUGGCUAUGAGGAAGGUACUUGAGGAAAAGAGAAGGGCCAAAGAGGCAAUUAAAAGUGGUGAUAGUGGCAUAAGCGAUAACAGCUCAUCAGAUGUUACCAGCGCGGCAGAAGAGCCAUGACUUCCGUCUGUAUUUCUAAAAAGAAAAAAAAAUCGAUCUUUUAAAUAUACAUUUCUGUCAUUUUUCUUGUGUAAUUGCGUAAGGAUGUGUUCUCACCUUUUAUAUGCUUGAUAAUACCGAUAUUAUUAUUAUUAUUAUAAUUAAAAGCUUUUUACGGGGUCACAAGGAGUUACUAUGUCCCUUCUGAAAUUCCCCAGUUGUUAUAAAUAAACUG